AUGCACCGCACUACAGCCCACCGUACCCUACCCGGUAGAUUGCUUCAUGCCCGCCUUACUCCCCUGCCUUCCCUUCUCCCCUUUUCCCCCGCCUCUCUUCCUUUCACUCCUCCCCGCCUCCUCCCCGCCUCCCCUCCUGCUCCAGGCAAGGUGGGUCAGCUUCUUCUCAUCAACUGCGCUUCCAAGCCCGCCUUACCCCACCCGGUCGAACACUUCAUGUUUGCACCUUACCGCCCCUCCUCGCCCCUCCUGCCCCUCACUACCCCCGCUCUCACCCACCUCCUCCCAGGCAAGGGGUCAGCUCCUUCUGAUCAACAAUGCCUCCAAACCCGCCCUACCCCACCCGGUCGAUCGCUUCAUGUUUGCAUUUUUCCGCCCCUCCUCGCCCCUCCUUCCCCUCGCCGUCUCCCCUCUCACCCACCUCCUCCCAGGCAAGGCAAGGUGGGUCAGCUCCUGCUCAUCAACAACGCCUCCAAGCCUGCCUUACCCCACCCAGUGGAUCGCUUCAUGUUCCCACGCGCCCCCCAGCUGCUGCAAGCCGUGCAGGCAGCGGGCAAGGACAGCUGGCACGUGGUGGUGUUGAGGCAGCUGCUGGGGCUGGCAGUGGCGCCAAUGCUGGGGGAGACGGCCCUCAAGAAGGCUAGCAUGGCUGCACGGAGGUUUCUUGGCACAGAGCCUCUAGCCAGAGGUCUGGUUGAAUUCGAGCCAGCAUUUGAAGCAGCCUCGGAAACCCGGCCUCUGUGCUUCGGAAAGGUGGUCAUUCCGGGGAAACUUAAAGCCAUAACUUACCCUGGUGGCCCCUCAGAAGCCGAGAUGUUUAAAGCCCACCUCGGAUCAUCCCUCGGGCUGCCCAAUCCGCCUUUGCCACUUGGCGACAGCCCCAGUGUUCGCGCCAAGCCACGCGUGCAGCUUCUGUUCAUUCGGAGGAACAGGACGAACGUGGGCGGGCGGCGAAUCCUGGACGAUGGAAGUGACGGAGCGCUGUACGAUCUCUUUUAUGACAUGGGCUUUAAGAUCCGCAGGGCGGAUUUCACGCGCCUGUCCUUCCGCCAGCAGUAUGAAGCAGUUCUGAAUGCAGAAAUCAUCGUGGGGGUGCAUGGCGCCGGCCUCACAAGUGCCGCCGCUUUCGCCCGAAACCGCUCCGUCGUGUUGGAGAUAAUGCCGCACAACACGUUCAACCCGCGGUACUAUUUCAUGGCGGUCCAGGCUGGCGUGAGUUAUUUUCUGCAUCAGCUGCGGCCAGGUGCCAAGCAGCCAUUGGACGAGGAGUUUGAGACGCUGACAGUGCGAAAGUGCUCCAGUGUGCCGGACUGUCGCAAGUAUUUUUAUGAGGACCGGCUUGUGAAUGUGACUAAGGAGGAUUUGGAAGAUUUGAAGGUGCUUUUGGGGGAGGCUCGGACGUUUGUGCGUGAGGCUCGGUGGAAUUUGAAUUGGGCGGGAAAGCGGCUGAGGUCGCGGUACGAGACACUCUGCUCUGCAGGGAAGGCGAGGGAUAUUGGAUGCCGCAUGGAUUUGAUCCGUUCGCCGGUGGCCGAUGUGAAGACGGAAUGCGUGAUGAAGAUGGGCUGCUUGACGGUUAAACCUAUGUUGGCGGAUGACCUGGACGACAUCAUCACUCAGCUGGAGCACACACAGGUGGCGCUGCUGGCGCUGCUGUGCGCAGCCCUGCAGGAACUCCUGCGACGCGCGUGUAAUGAAGCCGCCGCUGCUUCUCCCGCUGCCUCUGCUGAUGCCCGUGACAGGAGUAACGCUUUGGAGCACACAGUAUCUGCUGUGCAGACGGUGUUGAAGCAGUAUUUGACAGCUGCGAGGGCGUCUGGUAGCUCAGAGGGACCUGAUCCAGCAUUCCUGCAGCAAGUUCUCAGUCACGGAAUGCCACAUGCUGCCCACUCUUCUCCCGAGGAGAGUGCUUCUAGUGCUUGCGUCUUAAGAGUCGGUGGCACACACGCUACUACUACUGGCGUCUUCAGUGCAGAGGAGGAGGGGGCGAUGCAGAACGCUCAAGAGGCAGGGUCAGUGCGAAGAGAACAGGGCUCGCCGCGGGGAUCACCGCAAACACCUGUGCGGAAAUACAGGGGAGUGAGGCAGCGGGGUCCUGGAAAAUGGGUGGCUGAGAUCGAAGAUGCCGCCCGGAACAUCCGCCGGUGGCUCGGAACGUUCUCCUCGCCCGAAGCUGCUGCCCGAGCCUUUGACAAAGCUGCCCGGGAGCUGCGUGGGCCCAAUGCAAAGACGAAUUUUCCGCUGCCCGGCACGCCAGAUUCGGCAGCCGCUCGGCAAAAUCGGGAAAGAGUGAUUAACAGCUCAGUCUCAGCAGCAGUUUUUGAGGCGUCUCAGAUACCGCAAAUGCAGCUGAAGACGGUGCAGGUUCCCCUCCCUUCGUACAGCCCUGUGGAUUUCGUCUCACAGGGGCGUAACUCUGCUGGUGUUCCCAGGCCUCGGGCGGCUGAAAGAGUUGCAACUGCAGCGGCAGCUGAGGCACCGUUCAAUCCACUUGAAAGGCCGUGUCGCCCUCUGAAGGGUGAAACGGCUGUAGGUGAGUCAUUGAACCGUGGCGCAUGGGUAUCAACACCCCGCCUAUCUGAGGAAACAGCUGAGAAGCAGCAGGCUGAUGGCCAGCAAGGGAUGCCGCAAGCAAAGGGAUUGCCUCAGGCGAGUGACUUGCACAGGAGAGGAUCGCCUGAGCAGAAAACUCACGGAGCGGUGGGACACACUCGGAGUGCUAUGAGUGAAACCCCGCAUCGCAUUGUGGCGAUUUCCCCUGCUCCGGCCGUUCACACCCCUCAACCGCGCUCCACCAUUGCACAUCUCCUGGCAGCUAUGGUUCAUGAUAGGGUUGUGAAGGAUGAGAUUGGCAAAGAGGGUGGUGAUGCUGCUGCAGAGGAGAAAAGUGAGGGUAGUUCCCCCUUGUGGGUGGCCGAUGAGAGUGUAAUGCAGGAGGGAAGGGAUGCAUGGGAUUGGCCAGCACUACCAUUAGGGUAUUGUGAAUACAGUGGUGGUGGGUGUGAUGAAACGCACUAG